ACAGAUCUCCACACCAGACCACAGGGUACUCUGGGCUCUGUGUGUCUGUCACUGGAGCCAAAGAGGGUGGGAGGGCUUUUCUACAACUCAUCGUAGAUUUACCAGUCCCUCUCUAUCUUUUUUUUUCUGUCUUCUUCUCCUCAUACUGUGAGUCUGUCUCUCACUGCAUUUUUCUUGUCUUUUGUUUUUCUUUAACCGACGUCUUUGCCUUAAAUCUGAGUCUAACUUCUCCAAGGACGCUCUGCGUAAAUAUGGUCAGCAUCAGUUUGCAGCACACGGACGAACGCCAGCACAACUGGAAUUAAAUUAGUUCAAACUUGAGGAGUGUCUGUCAUUUUUGAAAGCUGCUUCCUCUCACACAACCACCGGCAUUGCUCUGCUGAAAGCUGUGCACCCUUCCAUGCUGACGGAGAGAGUCGCUGUCGGCCUCAUGUCCUCGGUUGUAGCCCCCGAAAAAGCCCCCUCCAACACCAUGGGCCCCAAAGAGGUGGAGCUGAUCCUUGUAAAGGAGCAGAAUGGGGUUCAGGUCACCUCGACCACCUUAGUGGCGCCCACUCCGUCUCAGACCAACCCCAGCGGGGAGGAGGAGAGGGAGACCUGGGGGAAGAAAAUCGACUUUCUCCUGUCGGUCAUUGGAUUUGCUGUGGACCUCGCCAACGUCUGGAGAUUCCCCUACCUCUGCUACAAGAACGGAGGAGGUGCGUUCCUGGUGCCAUACAUGUUCUUCAUGGUGAUAGCAGGCAUGCCCCUCUUCUACAUGGAGCUGGCUCUGGGACAGUACAAUAGAGAGGGGGCAGCAGGGGUGUGGAAGAUCUGUCCUAUAUUUAAAGGCGUCGGCUUCACAGUGAUCCUCAUUUCCCUCUACGUUGGCUUCUACUAUAACGUCAUCAUCUCCUGGGCGCUGUUUUACCUCUUCUCCUCGUUCACUGGCGACCUACCCUGGGUCCACUGCAACAACACCUGGAACAGCCCGAACUGCUCGGACUGGGCCGACAACAGUUCAGUCAUCGACAUUUACAAGGCCACUCCUGCUCAGGAGUACUUCGAUCGAGGCGUGCUCCACAUCCAGGACAGUAGAGGCAUCGAUGACCUGGGUCGUCCACGAUGGCAGUUGACUUCCUGUCUUGCUGUGGUGAUUGUUCUGCUCUAUUUCAGUCUCUGGAAGGGAGUCAAGACAUCUGGCAAGGUUGUGUGGAUCACAGCCACCAUGCCCUACGUGGUCCUGACUGUGCUGCUGCUCCGCGGAGUCACCCUGCCUGGAGCCAUCGAUGGCAUUAAGGCCUACCUCUCCGUGGACUUCCUGAAGCUCUGCGACGCCAAGGUCUGGAUUGAGGCAGCGACACAGAUCUGUUUCUCGCUGGGAGUGGGGUUUGGUGUGCUAAUUGCCUUUUCCAGCUACAACAAAUUUAGCAACAACUGUUACAGAGACGCCAUCAUCACCACCUCCAUCAACUCUUUAACCAGCUUCUUCUCCGGCUUUGUGGUCUUCUCCUUCCUCGGUUACAUGUCUUUUAAACACAACGUGGCCCUGGACAAAGUUGCCAGAGAUGGUGCUGGGUUGGUGUUUGUCAUUUACCCAGAAGCCAUUGCAACAUUACCUGGGUCAUCGGUGUGGGCGGUUAUCUUCUUCAUCAUGUUGCUGACGCUGGGCAUUGACAGUGCUAUGGGUGGGAUGGAGUCGGUGAUCACUGGGCUGAUUGAUGAAUUCAAAUGCCUCCACAAGCACAGAGAGCUGUUCACCCUCUUCAUCGUAGUCUCCACCUUCCUCAUAUCCCUCUUCUGUGUAACAAAUGGUGGGAUGUAUGUGUUUACUCUGCUGGACCACUUUGCAGCCGGAACUUCAAUUCUCUUUGGAGUGCUUAUUGAAGCCAUCGGCAUCGCGUGGUUCUAUGGUGUGGAUCGUUUCAGCGACGACAUCGAGGAGAUGAUUGGCCAGCGACCAGGCCUGUACUGGAGGCUGUGCUGGAAGUUUGUCAGCCCCUGCUUCCUCCUGUUCAUGGUGGUGGUGAGCUUUGCCACGUUCAACCCUCCAAACUACGGCAGCUACGUAUUCCCUCAGUGGGCCAACACGGUGGGCUGGUGUCUGGCUAUGUCGUCAAUGACCAUGGUGCCGCUCUACGCCAUCUACAAACUCUGCACGCUGCCUGGAAAGUUUUGCAAUAGACUGGCUUAUGCCAUCACCCCAGAGACAGAGCACCAUUUGGUCGACAACGGGGAGGUUCGGCAGUUCACUCUGAAACACUGGUUGGUGGUCUGAGUGCUACACACAGAGAGAGAGAGAGAGAGAGAGAGAGAGAGAGAGCGAUGGAGAGAGUGAGAGAGACAGAGAAUGAGAGUAUGGACGUUGGGUGGAUGAAUGCCUGCACAGCAAAGGCCUGGGAAGCAAAGAAUAAGAGAGAAAUAGCCAUUUAAAUCUACCAUGAUUGCGGCUGCGGGGGUGGGAGCUGUUUGAAAGUGCCGAAAAAAACAAACCCAUAGAAAAUCGUGUUCUUUUCCAUAAAUACAAAAAAAAUCCUAUAGUCAAGAAAUCAUACUGUGUAACUUUUCUUCACUUUGCACGUAGAUAACAAUAUAAUGAACGUACCCGGGGUUAGGAGUUUGAGAUGCUACACACAACAAUAAGCAUUUUUUAUAUAUGUUUAUUAUAAAAAGAUUUUUUCUUCAUUCUUUAGCUGUUAAUGACAUUAGCAGUACACAGCUUUUUUUAUUAUUAGUGUAAUACAAGAACGUAGCAGUCGGGUGUGUGAUAAAUGUCACAGGUUUCACUGAAUUCAUGUAAUAAUUUAUUGACUUUUAAAAGACUGUUAUGAUGCUAUGUCACAGGUUUAUUGUCGGCUUUGAAAAGGAGAAAAAAAAAAAGCGACUUACUUUUGUUUACAUAAAAAUAUCUUACAGGACAGAACGGCUGCUACAUCAACAGACCAAAAGAUUUGCAUAAGAUAAAACCUGAGCUUUCUCACUUUUAUUUCUUUUUUUCCAUCAGCACAAAUAGACUUCGAUCAACAAAACGUAACGUAAAUAUCUAAAAAACAAUCGGACACAAUCCAUUGUUGAUUUGUUUUGUAAUAUUCCUUUUAAAUUAGAAUAAUGUAAAUUACAUAAAAUCCUACAAUUGAAACCGUUUAUCAUUCAGAUACUUAAAAAUGUCUAAGGUGGAAAUAAUGAGACUUAAAUCAUUUUUAACAGCUGUCCAGUGGUGAUAAAAGAACAAAAACUCCAAAUAAUUAUCACUGAGAGAGGAAAAAAAGAAAAUACAUAAUCUGCCACGUUGUUAUUCGUCACCAUUUCUCCUCAGUUUCAGGUGAUUUCUUCCUCCAGAAGCUUUAAUUUAAACUGUUUACAGAAUCUCACUCCGAAUCUCAAGACUGUUUAAAACGCUGCUUUUUAUGAAACUGCAAAUAAAUAGUGUGUCAUGUACCAUAUGAAGUAAUUUAAGUUAUACAGUAAAUCUGUGUAAGUAAAUGUAAUGUAGAGGGGCUUGUAUCGUAUUGUAUUGUAUGAUAUUCUGUAACAAGACCAACAAGAUUACAUAUAUUAUAUAGAAUAUAUGAUCUGAGAUUAUAUAUAUAUCUGAGACCACUUUCCUGUUCACUUCAACAGGAAAGUUGUUUUAGACCUUUGUAUAUAAUAUAUUAUAAUAUUAUUGCUUUGUUUGCUGUGAAGUUGAUAUUAGCCUUAAGGACCUUGGUGAGGAUUACAUGGAGAAUCCAUAGGAGCUCUUUCUGUUGGAACCCUUUUCAAGCGGGUCAGCAGUGACUCGUUCUCACCUCGUGCUACAUGUAACACACCGAAGGGUUCAUUAUGUCCAAAAUCGUAUGCCUGUGCUGCUGUACUGUGGUGUUCCUGACCGUAUGACUUUGUUUUGUACUGUCAAAUAAAGUAUAAUUAAUUCAGUUAUUACA